AAAACUAAUAUGGCUGAAAUUGGAGAUGAUACACUUUGAUUUUGUGCAUUUAGGAGUAUAUAGUCACAAUCGGAGCCUUAAAUAAAGCCCUAAAAACUAUCUAUAAUAGAAGAAAUAUGCAAGCUUUAGUUCUACAAGAGUUGUGAGUGAUGCCACAUUGACAGGUGCAGUGCCACAUUGACAUAUGUGGUAAGAUGAGACCAUGCUGGAGAAAGGAAAGGCCAGUGGAAACUGAGCGACAUAUCAGAGCCAAUGCACCUUCAUAUAACAGCGCCUUUCAGUAUGCAAAUAAUUACAUCAAGACUUCAAAGUACAAUAUAUUUACAUUCGUUCCGAAGAACUUGUUUGAGCAGUUCCAAAGGAUCGCUAAUGCCUAUUUCCUCUUCUUGUUAAUAUUACAGUUAAUACCCGCAAUCAGUUCAUUGACACCAGUAACAACAGUUAUCCCGCUUUUGGGUGUCCUCAUUCUCAGUGCAGUUAAGGACGCAGUUGAUGAUAUACAAAGACACAGGAGUGACAAUGUAGUGAACAACCGGCGCUCUCUGGUGUUGAGAAAUGGCCACCUGGUGGAGGAAAGGUGGCACAAGGUUGUUGUUGGUGACAUCAUCAAAAUGGAGAAUGAUCAGUUUGUAGCAGCUGACCUCCUGCUCCUCUCUACCAGUGAACCCAACAGUUUGUGUUAUAUAGAAACAGCAGAACUUGAUGGAGAGACAAACUUGAAAGUGCGCCAGGCCUUACCCGAAACUGCGGAAAUGGGGGAUGAUGAUCAGGACAUGAGCAAGUUUGACGGUGAGAUAAAAUGUGAGGCCCCCAACAACAGGCUUAGCAAGUAUGAAGGCAUGUUGAAGUGGAAUGAUAAUACUUACUCUCUUGACAAUGAUAAGAUGCUACUCAGAGGAUGCGUUCUCAGGAAUACCAAGUGGGCCUAUGGUUUGGUAAUCUUUGCUGGGAAAGACACCAAACUCAUGAUGAACAGUGGCAAAGCAAUGUUCAAACGUACCCACAUAGACAGGUUGAUGAAUUUGCUCAUUAUAGGGAUCUUCAUAUUUCUUGCCAGUGUCUGCUUUAUCUGCACUGUUGCCUGUGGUAUUUGGGAAUCAAUGUUUGGGCACAACUUCCAAGUUUUCCUGCCCUGGGAAACCUUUGUACCAGGGAGCAAAGCAGGUUUUGACCCAGAUGGCAGUGUCGCUGGAGGGUCUACUGUUAUAGCUUUACUUGUAUUCCUGUCAUAUGUAAUUGUCCUCAAUACUGUUGUUCCUAUAUCGUUAUAUGUCAGUGUGGAGGUGAUCAGGUUUGGCCACAGUUGGUGGAUCAAUUGGGACGAAAAGAUGUACUAUGCAAAAAACGACACCCCUGCACGCUCUCGUACAACUACAUUGAAUGAAGAGCUGGGGCAGAUAGAAUAUAUCUUUAGUGACAAGACUGGCACAUUGACUCAGAAUAUUAUGACCUUCAAUAAAUGCAGUAUAGAUGGCACUGCUUAUGGUGACGCAUUUGACAAACACGGGAAUGCUGUUGAGAUCACUGAGCGCACCCCAAAGGUCGAUUUUGGAAGAAAUCCACAUCAUGAGAAGACUUUUGAUUUUUACGACCAACGUCUCCUCGAUGCAGUGAACAAUGGGGAUAAGAAUGCCUGCCUUUUCUUUAAACUACUUGCUCUUUGUCAUACAGUCAUGGCAGAGGAGAAAGAAGGUGUAUUGGAGUACCAAGCCCAAUCCCCUGAUGAGAACGCCCUUGUAUCUGCUGCCAGAAACUUUGGAUUUGUUUUCAAGUCCCGUACUCCAACUACUGUGACAAUUGAGGUUAAUGGUGUUGAGGAGACAUAUGAAUUGUUGUGUAUUCUAGACUUCAACAAUGUACGCAAGCGUAUGUCUGUCUUAUUGAGACGUGAGGGUAAGAUAAUGCUUUGGUGCAAAGGAGCAGACUCGUUGAUAUAUGAACGAUUGGACCCUAAAUGUAUGGAACUACAGGAAGUCACCCAAGAGCAUUUAAAUAUGUUUGCUAAUGAAGGUCUCAGGACAUUGUGUUUGGCAGUGAAAGAGAUCUCUAGUGACUAUUAUGACAGUUGGAGAAAAAGAUAUCAUACUGCAUCGACUGCUUUAACUGACAGAGAUGACAAAUUAGAUGAAGUGUAUGAAGAGAUAGAGAAAGACAUGAUGUUGAUAGGAGCCACUGCUAUAGAGGAUAAACUCCAAGAUGGUGUGCCUGAGUGUAUUGCAAACCUUGCACUUGCAGAUAUCAAAAUAUGGGUCCUCACUGGAGAUAAACAAGAAACUGCCAUUAACAUAGGCUACUCUUGCAAACUGCUGACUGAUGAGAUGGAAGAUAUAUUUGUUAUAGAUGGAGACAACUAUGAGACUGUCCAACAGCAGCUGAGACAGGCCAGAGAUGAUCAAAAGAAGCAAGGCCAGGCUUCCAACCACAUGGAUGUUGUCUCAUUUGGGGCAAUGUCUCCAAUGCACAGUGCACAGAAUGGCAAAAUGGCUGCAAUACAGGAGGAUGAAGGGGAGGGGGGAUAUGCACUGGUCAUCAAUGGACAUAGUCUGGUCCAUGCUCUACAGCAAAGUAUGGAAAUGCUACUGCUUGAGGUUGGCUGUGCCUGCAAAGCUGUUAUAUGCUGCCGUGUGACCCCUCUUCAGAAAGCACUGGUUGUUGAACUCAUCAAAAAACAUAAGAAAACAAUCACACUAGCCAUAGGGGAUGGUGCCAAUGAUGUAUCUAUGAUUAAAGCUGCUCAUAUAGGCGUAGGAAUCAGUGGACAAGAAGGUCUACAGGCUGUUCUUGCAAGUGACUAUUCACUAGCACAGUUCCGCUUCCUUGAACGUCUACUACUUGUGCAUGGACGCUGGUCCUAUCUACGCAUGUGCAAGUUUCUCAAGUAUUUCUUCUACAAGAACUUUGCAUUUACACUUUGCCAUUUCUGGUUUGGCUUCUUCUGUGGAUUUUCUGCUCAGACAUUGUAUGAUCCAUAUUUUAUCUCGGUGUACAACCUAUUCUAUACCUCCCUCCCCGUAUUGGUGCUAGGAAUCUUUGACAAGGAUGUGGAUGAGCACCACUCUUUACGGUACCCCAAGCUCUACAAGCCUGGUCACCUUGAUUCCUUCUUCAACAAGAAGGUGUUUGCAAUCAGUGCUGCUGAGGGAAUUCUCUCUUCCGUUGUGUUGUUCUUUAUACCAUUUGGAGCAUACUACAAUGGUAUGAGGGCUGAUGGGCUAGAACUUGUUGACCAUCAAUCUCUGGGGGUGACUGUUGCUGCAUCACUCAUUGUCACUGUCAAUCUAAGGUGUGCCUUGGACACAGCCUAUUGGACUGGUUUCAACCACUUUGUGAUACUUGGCAGCAUCCUUUUCUAUUUUGCCCUCACCUUUGUCUGGUACAUCAACUUCUUCGAGUACAGCUACAUGGGAGUGGCACGUAGUGUAAUGUCUACAGCACCAUUUUGGUUGUCAAUGCUUUUAACUGUUGUGAUAUUAUUGGUACCUGUUGUCGCAAUCAGAUUCUGGUUGAUAGACACAAGGCCAACAUUAGCUGACAGGGUGCGUCUACGUGCUAAAAUACAACGGUCCAAAUCUGCGGAUGGUGUUGUGCUACGACGUACAUCAACGCUACGCAGAAGUACCAGGUCUCUGCGAUCUGGCUACGCAUUUGCUCAUACUGAGGGCUUUGGGGAGUUAAUCACAACAGGGACUGCUAUGUAUCCUUCACAGGCUAGUCUGCGUAGUCCAGUUAAUAAAAACAAUAAAAAUGGCUUCAAUAACCCAACUCAACAGUCCAGGAAUUCGCCAAAGCGGUCCAGAAAGAACAAUAACACGAACACUAAUGCAAAUGCACUAGAUGCCAAUCAAGCUGAGCAAUGACAGCUAGCUGGGCGGAACAACCCUAAUGCUCCGCCCACAAAGGACAAUAAAGCUCCACCUACCCAUGACACUAUGUCUGCAGGGGAGACAUCUAUAUCCAGUGGACAGGCUAGCGUGAAAGAAGUGACUGUAGAAGAAAGUCAACAAAGGCAAGACAAUAGAGGCACUGACAAUGUAGUCUUUUCUAUAAGACUCUAGUCAUGUGGACAUAAGUUCACAUAUAUCUUUAAGGAAUCACGAAUCACAAGUGUGAAAUAUCAAAAUUUUGCGCAAAAUACCCUGAUAUGAUUGUGACACCUUAAAGAAGCAAGCACUGGCCUGGGAGUUAUAGUCUGGAAGAAAUAUGGGGUAUUCUUAAUAAUCAGUUUAGAAGUAAACCUCUUUGAGGUCACAUGAUUUUAUGCACUACAGCACUGCUCAAGUGGGGACCCAACAUUAUAUAUGCUUUAGUAAAGUGCUGUCUGUUUUAAUUUGUAAUGUAUAGAGUAUCAUGUUUGUUUAUAUCUGUUUCCAUGACAGCAUUCCACACAAGUGCAAGUGAGGAGGUGAAUAGAAACUUAUAUUUUUAUUGGUUGCAAUAUUUGAUAUUAUGUUAACAGUUCAGCAGAUUAAGUAAUUAUUCAAAUGCUGAUAAAAGUGCUUUAUAGUGAGGUUUUGGUGGUAUAAUGCCAGAUAUAUACAGUAAAACCUGUCUAAUCUGAAUGCCUCUCUGGGACCAGCCAAAAGUGUUCAGAUUAGCAGGUGUUCAUUUC